AUGGCAUUCAACAAGAAGUACGCCGGUCUACCUGACCUAGACCUGGCCCCGGACAUUUACGAAACCCCUGACCUGACCGACGAAGCCUCCACCGUCCCCGCUACAACUCUUCGCACAGACUCCGAUCACGAUGACGCCGGUUUCAACUCCGACAUUGACCGCGAGGGCGUCAAUGCCGACCAGGCGCGUCUGCAUUUCAUGGGCGCUGCGGUCGACGCGCGCGAUGCCAAUUUCUCCGAUAGCAUUUCCUCGAAGCGCCAAGCAUACCGCAGCAAAGACAAGAGCAACAGAAGGCGACGGAGACGUGAGGACGGCACUGAGGAGGUGGGCGACCUGAGUGAUAGCGAGGACGAGUCGGUCGAGCGGCGGCUGGCACGCCUCCGGCGCGAGGUUGAGGAUUUAAAACUGGAAAUGGAAACUCGGUCUAGCUCUGGACAAAACCAAGCGCCAGAGGCCGGCGUGUGCGAGGCCGCGUCUGCAGCUGACAAGUCGGGGGAUAACACGCUAGGGGAUGGCGUUGCAGAGUUAAGCCGGGCGUUGGACAAUUUGCAUGGCUCGUCGCGUGGCGGUCAAGCUGCAUCAUAUUCAGCAGCGACGGCACUCACACACAAGAUCAACACCGGGUCCCAGAGUUUCUCGGUGCCUGGCACAGACUCCCAAAAGCAACAGGCCCCGGCUGGAGAGUCAGCAUCAACCGCCGUUACACCCGUACCAGCUCAGACUGCUGCCCCAUCUGCGGGGCUCCUUUCUCAUGCAGCUGCGUUUGAAGGACGCCUAGCUCUCCUCGAAGCUUCGAUGGGCAUCUCGAGCUCUUCAAACCCAUUCGUUGGCGAUGGCAUCAGUGAACCUGCGUUGCAGCCAGUGCUUCCUGCGCUGGAACUGAUGGCCUCCCGCCUCUCAACGCUUAACGGUCUACUCGCGGGCGCAAACCCUGCCUCCGGCGGUUCCAGUGCUACCCCUGGACUAACCACUCUACAUUUAGAAUCGUUAUCCACGCGAGUCCGCAAGUUGACCACCGAUGCCGAGGCGCUCGCCUCUGCCCGCAAGCGUGCAGCUGACGCCGCCAAGGCUGCUCAGGCUGCAAGAAUUGCUACAGGCUCUGAUGCGGACGUGCCCUCGGCCGAAGGCUCUUUUAUGGACGAUGAACAGAUCGCCAAAAUCCAAGCCCUCUACGCCACCCUCCCAACCAUUCAGUCCCUACAUCCUCUGCUACCGAGUGUAUUGGAACGCCUUCGCUCACUACGCGCUUGUCACGCCGGUGCCGCUCACGCCGCUGAAUCCCUCAACGAGCUUGAGAAACGGCACGCUGAAAUGGCCUCUGAAAUCGAGCAAUGGCGUGAGGGUCUCACAGCUGUCGAGGAGAAAAUGAAACAAGGCGAGGCAGCCCUACGCUCGAAUGUUGAGACCGUUGAGCCCUGGGUGCGAGAUCUGGAGUCUCGGAUGGCCCGUCUGGGAGGCCCUCCUGGCGGCCUGUGA